GCGGGGUCGGGUGAUGUAACAGGAAGCUCUGAUGUUUGGCUGCUGCUGCCGCCGCUCCGCGCCUGCCAUCGGACACGCUCCCGCAGCAGCGCUGCUCCGCCGGGACAGCCUCGGCUCUGGAUUAUACCCAGCCGAGCACCGCUCUCGCCGCUCUCGUCUGGCUCCGUCCCUCCGCGGCCACACAUCUCCUCGCUGCUUCAUCUGAAAGCAUUCCCGUACCAAGCCGGUGUUGAGCGUUUGGGUUCAUUCAGYCACAAGAUAAAAUUCACUUCCUCACAUAUAAAAAUGAUAAAAAUCUGGAUUCCAUUUUUGCUGCUCUUCUUACCGGCUACUAUGUUUUUUGCCACUGCUACGCCAUCUGAGGGGCAUCAAAAUGCAACACUGGACUUUGCCCAGCUGAGUGUUACACGGAAUAAAAUCAUGACAGCACAGUAUGAAUGCUACCAGAAGAUUAUGCAAGACCCCAUUCGCCAGCAUAACGGUUCUUUCUGUAACAGGACCUGGGAUGGCUGGUUGUGCUGGAGUGAUGUUCGUGCUGGCAGUGUGUCSGUGCAGCGCUGUCCUGACUACUUUCAGGAUUUCAACCCAUCAGAAAAAGUUACGAAGAUCUGUGAUUCGAAGGGGAAUUGGUUUAGGCACCCAGAAAGCAACAGGACGUGGACAAACUACACCCAGUGCAAUAUCUACACACAUGAAAAAGUGAAGACCGCUCUGAACUUGUAUUAUUUGGCCAUCAUCGGACACGGGCUUUCCAUUGCAUCACUUUUGAUUUCUCUUGGCAUAUUCUUUUAUUUUAAGAGCUUGAGUUGCCAAAGGAUUACCCUGCAUAAAAAUCUGUUUUUCUCCUUUGUUUGCAACUCUGUUGUAACAAUAAUUUCACUGACAGCAGUUGCCAACAACCAGGAAUUAGUUGCAACUAACCCAGUUAGUUGCAAAGUGUCACAGUUCAUCUACCUGUACCUKAUGGGUUGCAACUACUUUUGGAUGCUGUGUGAAGGCAUUUACCUGCACACCCUCAUCGUGGUGGCAGUCUUUGCUGAGAAGCAGCACCUGAUGUGGUAUUACCUCCUUGGAUGGGGCUUUCCGCUGAUCCCUGCCUGCAUACAUGCYGUUGCAAGAAGUUUAUAUUACAAUGACAAUUGUUGGAUCAGCUCUGAUACUCAUCUGCUUUACAUCAUCCAUGGCCCUAUUUGUGCAGCUCUCUUGGUGAACCUUUUCUUCCUGCUGAACAUCGUUCGUGUUCUCAUAACCAAGCUGAAGGACACCCACAAGGCUGAAUCCAACCUGUACAUGAAAGCAGUGCGAGCGACCCUGAUCCUGGUUCCGCUGCUUGGCAUCGAGUUUGUGCUGUUCCCAUGGCGACCCGAGGGCCGCAUCGCGGAGGAGGUGUAUGACUACGUGAUGCACAUCCUCAUGCACUACCAGGGUCUACUGGUGGCUACAAUUUUCUGCUUCUUUAAUGGCGAGGUGCAGGCUGUUCUGAGGAGACACUGGAACCAGUACAAGAUCCAGUUUGAGCACAGCUUCAGCCACUCGGACGCCAUGCGCACGGCCUCCUACACCGUGUCGUCCAUCAGCGACGUGCAGGGCUACGGCUACAGCCACGACUGCACCAGCGAGCACCUCAACGGCAAGAACUACCACGACAUGGACAGCGUGGUGCUGAAAACGGACAAGAUCUACGGCUGAGCGCCCGCACGGCUCGCUGUGCCCCACGGCAGCUGCACGUCCCCUCGGUGACUCCAUGGCCAGAUGUGACCUAACCUGGGGUUUGGGAUUCUCAAUGACACAAACUCAACCAACGCGGUUUCUGUACCUAUGUGCGUGUCUGUAUAUAUAUAUAUACAUGUAUGUACACACACACGCAUAUAUAUACAUGUGUUUGUGGUUCUGUGUAUCUAUAUAGUAUGGACAUCUGUACAUAUAUAUCUAUAUAUGUAUGUGCAUUUAUAUAAGGAUACAGACUUUGCCUCUUCAGUUUCUACUGUGUAGACAAAGCUGGCAAAUUUUUGUACAAAGGGAAUCAAUGAAGGAUUUCUUAUUUUCUUGGRAGUUUGUAUAAGACUGUGCUGUGUUGAAGCCACUUCAUUUGCCUAUAGAAUUUUAGAGUGUAAAUACCAUACUCUGUUGUCUUAAUUCAACCUAAAAUAGAACAAAGCAAAAUGGGUAAAGUAGGUGCAAUAAUUACAAGAGGCUUUUCAGGCUAUUUUUUUGGUCCAGCAUUGGUUUGGCUGUCAAAAAAAGCCUGACAGAUAGUCUGAGAUGACAGAUUCAAAGACAGAUACUGCUGUUUUGGUUAAAGAUAUUGAUGCUUUGGUUUGGUUUGGCCAGUCUGUUUUCUUCCCACUGUUUUAUAAACAUCAAGCACAGAGGCACCACUUCCAGUCUGAGUCUUGACAUACUUCUAUAUUGCAGUGUAAUAUCUUGCACCAAGAUUUGAGCAAUUUUAUUUAAGCUAUUUCAGGAUACUUAGAAGUCUCUUCUCCUGAAUUGUUUGGAAGUUUCUUCUGGAUUUAACAAAGACAACAUUGAUGAGGCUUCACUGCCAGAAAGAAAAGGAGUAACCUGAAUAACUAAGUCCUUCCAAACAUUCAUAGUAAUUGCAGCUGAUGGAACUUCACUGUGUGCUUAAGGAAUUUACUCAGCCUGGAGAAGAUCAUGUACAGAAUUCAUUGUAGCAUUGUCCURAUUUUACUUUUAAGUAUUUUGCUGGCCAUAUGCUUGAUAACUUAUUCCUUCAUUCUUGGGGCAAAGUUUUGGUUAAUUUUGUGGCUGUUUUUGUUGUCUGAGAUAAGCAUGCCAGACUGAACACAGUGCACACCCUUGUACUACCUUUAAAGCCAGUGUGUGAGAUUCAGACUCACCAAGCAAACUAAUGUUAGUAAUUGUCUUUAUUUGGAAAGUCCAAUAUAAAGUUUGUAUUAUAAAGGUUCAAAACUUUAUAGAUUGAGACUUUCAAUAUUAUUUUGAGUUGGUUGAUUCUGAAUCUCUGUCUCAGUUAAUUAGACAAGAACUAAUUAACUAAUGUUGUUUCUUUAGGUUCUGCUGAUGCAUAAAGGUCUCACUGAAAACUAGGAGGUUGUCAGGAAGGUCUUGAGAAAAUGUGUCUAUAGAAAUUUAUGUUUUUGUUUAAUCUUUAUGCUUUAAAGAAAUAGUAGUAGUUUUGUUAAGUGAAAUGACAAAAWUGCUCAAGAUUAAGGGCAUGAAACGAGGUGAGUUCACUGAAAAAUACAAAAUAAGAAGAGUUUUUAUACAUUUCAUUUACAGGUAAGUCUACUUGAAGUGGGGAAAACCCAAAAUUAAGUAGAAGAAAUGGUAGAUGCUGCAACUGACAGACGAUUUUGCUAAUGACCAUGUAUCUGGUACAUGUAAUCCAGUCAAAAAAUUGGAAKACAGUUCUUUCUAGGACCACUUCAGAUUUAGGUAAUGCUGCAUACAAAAUUAUUGCAUACAAAACACUUUGACAUUGACAUUUAAACAUUUUUGUCAGUAGCUUUUCUCUAAGCUUCGUUAGUGUCUAGGUAAUUUGCUGUCACACUGUUUAUUCCUUUGGGACUUCAUAAGGCUGUAAAUGCUUUGUAUUUAGGAGGAUUUGGAAAUUUCAUGCCACUUGUACCUUUCUGUAGUGGUUUUUU